AUGUUGGGUGCCUUGAGGAACCCUCCGCGAGUUGUUACUGUUAGAGUUAACAAAGCAUCUGGCCUACGAAAUGUCUAUGCUGAAGCAAAGAAACAUCGAAAGGAUAACUGCAAAUGGAAGGUCAAAAUCAAGGGAGGCAAAAAGACAAUGGAGUCAUACACCAUAAAUGAUCAAAAUGGUAAUCCAACGUGGGAUUUUGAGGCUACCUUUGAAAUUGUGGAUGUUAGUCAACCUGUGGUUAUAAAAGUUACUGACUCCGAUGACCACCAUGUUGGUCAGGUUGUUAUACCGCUAGUUCAAAUUCCUCCUCGCCCGUCUGGGCCUUCUGCGAAGCCAGCAACACCAGCCAAUCUUCGAGUUGCUGAAUUGGAACCAACCAAAAAGGUUUCGGAAGUAUAUGGGUCUCUCUAUUACUGGAUAUGGGCAGAAUCUUAUUACGACGGUGUUGGUCCUGAAAAAAGUUCAAAAGCCUCACUUGUUAGUUCUGAUCGGAUUCAUCGUAGUGCUUCCAGAAUAUCUUCGCACCUUCAUCGGCAUCGAGAUAACGAUGAUAGGUCCUCAAUGGCCGGAAGCUCAUUAAGCAUGUACUCUACUGCUAGUGGGAAGAAGAAACACUGGUACCAAAAGAAUCCCAUCAAGCAUAUCCACGAUAGACACAGUAGCGGUGCAUCACAUCUGGGCAGUAAGCAUGGUAGCGAACUUGGUUAUAGCAUGUCCCAGUCAAUGAGCUCCCUAUUUCCUGCUGAGCAUGAUGGUAGCAUUCUUGGUGGUCGGUCGGGCAAUGGGAGUGACAUUUCUGCAGGUAGCAAUGCUGUAUCCGCAGAUUUGGAUCCCAAAAUCCCGAAGGCUGAAAAUCCAUUUCCACGAGUUGGAAGUAAUAAUCGUAUGGUUAGACCUCCUUUAUCCAGCAAAGUGGGCAAUAAUCCAGAAACGGUUCCGAAACGACCAAUUAUCCCCUCUGAGCGUCCGAAGCGGCGUAGCGAACAGGUGGCUUCUUUGAACCCGACAGAAAAGGCGCCUUCCUCGGCUUCUUCGGAUGAGGGUGACGAUGUUCGAACUCAACCACAUUUGGCAACUCCACUUUCGACUCAAGAACCACCAAGUCUUCUCUCCAUCUCUCCGUCCACAGGAUCACCAAAUUCUGAGACAGAAGUCCAUGUUUUUGGCAAGAAUCUGAGUGACUCAACAAUGCGUCACGCUGUCCUUCUUGUUGAUGAUUACACCGUCGCUAACUAUAAGUGGAGCGUUAGCGAAGGGUCGUGGACCGAGGAACCACGUGCGACUCACAGGCUAACUCUGAAAGUUCCUCCCAAGAAGGAUACUUCAGGUAGUGAUGAAGUUUGGAUUGAUGUGGAGACAAUGAGCCAUGGUCGAUUGCGAUGUCCCACACCUUUUGUCUAUCAAGUGGUCAAAAAACUUCCAGAAGAGAAGGAACUGCCAUCAAAUCUCCCAGGAGCGGGUUUUAUUCGUAACUCUAGUAUCCGCCUUUCUGAUAAUCGUAAUAGACGCAGUGUCAGGAAACCAGCAGAACCUACGCCAUUGAAAGCAAUCAGCCCUCAGACAAGCGAGAAGAGUGGGGUUGUUCGAAAUUCCAGUAUCCGACUCUCGGACACAAGAGGGCAUCAUAGUAUGCGAGGUGCUAAACCAUCGCCAACUCUGCCAUCUUUCAACGAGCUUCCAAUUAGUGCUGGAAAUCGAUCUUCUGGUCUUGGAUCCGAAGAUUCUUUCAGCGAAGCAACUGUCCCAGGUGCUCCAGUUUAUUCAGUAGAUGGUAGGAUUAAGGUGCACAUAGACUCGCUAGUCGACGCAGAAGCGGUGAUUGCUAAACUAAGGGGCGAGGUAUCUGGUUUGACCACCGAGUUGUCCCGCAAGGCAGCGGAUGUUGAUCGCGUCAGCGCGGACCUCUGUCGUCUGCGAGUGCGCCUCCUAGAAGACGGGAUGUUUAAUGGCAAAUGUCCGCAUCACGUGACUCUCGUGUCUCAGGUGAUCAAUCGCAAGGUGGCGUGGUCGGAAUACGCACUGCGUCAUGCGAUUUCAAAUCCAUUGGAAGGAAGGGCGAAGGAGAUGCUCCCAACCAUAUUAGAGGGCAGAAAUGAGCAUAGCCUCAGGACAGUUCCUGUGGAGAGGGCAUUCGAUGCCUCUUCUGAUGUCGAGGACGAUCAUCCAUCUCAAUUCGUCCAUCAUGCUGAUGAUGGAAAAGAAAUGCUCUCAGACGUGGAACCUUUACCCAAUGGAGAUGUGAAAGACAGUAAUGAGAUUACGCAGGCGAGAUCCCCCUCUCCCAUGUUGACGGAAUGCCUGAAACCCCAGUUGCCAAGUUCCACAAUAGUCAAAUUGCAAGUUGAAAGCAAUUCCCAUUCACCUGGUAAGGUGGAGGAAAUAAACCCAAAACCGUCAGAUUUCACGUCUAUUGAACCUAAAGUUUCAUCGCCUGGAUUCCGAUCCCCAAGUCCAAUGAUUACCGAUGCGCACUAUGGAAAUGACUACAAUUUGUCAACAGUGAAGGAAGUUGAAGAGCCUCGGACACCAAGUCCAGUAAUUGUCCAAGUUGAUAAGUCGCAGCCUUCAAGUUUCAAUGCCGCAAAACUUCAAAGUGAGAGUGAUUAUCACGCCUCACCCUUGAAACAGCCUGCAAAAACUGAAAAUUGUACUGUUGAUGAUGAUGGAAAAUCAUCAAGGUCUUCGUGCUCAGCUGAGAUCAAAACGGAGGAGCGUCCAGAUCCCAUUGGGGGAGUGGCAACUGUACAAGCUCAACAAUAUGGCGAGGAGAAGGCAACCACUAACCUUGCAGAGGCAGAAGAGACGACUUCAGAAAGUGGUGAUUCCACGGACUACAGUUUGGAUUCUGCGCGUGGUGACAGUCUUCUCCCGACUGUGGAUGAAAAUUUCUAUUUAAAUUCACGAGUUCACCCGCGAUUUAUUCUGAUGAAGCCGUCCGAAGGAUCAACUGCUGGUAGCCAUAGUCUUCUAGGCGACUACGAAGUGUGCCUCUAUGGUGUACAUCUCGAUGAGGCAGUGAUGCUUCAUGCCCAGGUCUUUAUUGACAUCUACAAUGUCACAAAAGAGAAUUGGCGAGUAGUACCCGGUCAGUGGCCAACACUGGCACCAGAAGCUACUCAUUGUCUUCAUAUCCAUGUUCCACCCAUGCCACCUGGUGAGGCGUGGAUUGAGAUCGAGACUUUGAAUGACGGCCGACUGCAAUCUCCACGACCCUUCGUAUUCACCGACAACUUUUCGGUGAAACAUUCAAUGCGUGGAGUGGGCGGUCGUGUCACUGGGACACCUCUCCCAGCAAACCACCAACCGGCACCGUCAUUUGCGGAUUUUGAGCUCUCACCGAAGGAGGGGGAAGGAGGGAAGGUCGCUGCAUCGAAUUGCAUAGCAGUGCCUUUUCAAAAUGUUCUUUUAUAUUUGCAUGUAGGUAGCUUUGAAAGUAUAGACAUUGCGAAACAGGAAAUAUCGAAACUUUAUAGCGAAAUAGCGCAGCUGAAAGUGGAACUGCAAGAGAAAGCGGCUGAUGAGGCGCGUGUGGCGCGUGAGCUGUGUGUGCUGCGAACCCGACUGCUGGAAGACGGCCAGCUGAAGUACCUUGAAAGAAACUAA